CCGAAACUCGAAAGAGUUGCGCGGUUGGAUUUUUUUCACCGAUGCCUUUUUUACAGUUCUUCUCCGACUCUCCAGAACUGGCAUGACCGGCGUCCGUCAACAAGACAGCUAUGUCCAAGCCGGCCGAUCACAUCAAGAGACCCAUGAACGCCUUCAUGGUAUGGUCCCGCGGCCAGAGGAGGAAAAUGGCCCAAGAGAAUCCCAAGAUGCACAACUCUGAGAUCAGCAAGAGGCUCGGUGCCGAGUGGAAGCUUCUCUCCGAGUCUGAGAAGCGGCCCUACAUUGACGAGGCCAAGAGGCUGCGCGCGCAGCACAUGAAAGAGCACCCGGACUACAAGUACCGGCCGCGGCGCAAGCCCAAGAACCUGCUCAAGAAGGACAGAUACGUGUUCCCGCUGCCCUACUUGGGCGACGCUGAACACUUGAAAGCACUUCCGGUUUCCGGUGCCGACUCGUUACUGGUUUCCGGGCCAGAUAAAGCGCGCGCGUUCUUGCCGCCGGCGGCCUCUGCGCCCUACUCGUUCCUUGACCCAACUCAGUUCGGCUCCAGCGCUGCGCAGAAGAUGGCCGAUAUGCCACACGCCCUAGCCGCUGCCGCUGCCGGCUCGCUGCCCUACGCCUCCUCACUCGGCUACCAGAACGGGGCGUUUGGCGGCCUGGCGUGUCCGGGGCAGCACACACACACCCACCCGUCACCCACCAACCCGGGCUAUGUAGUGCCUUGCAACUGCACAGCGUGGUCGGCGGCGUCCAGCCUGCAGCCGCCCGUCGCCUACAUCCUGUUCCCGGGCAUGGGUAAGAGCGGCAUCGACCCGUAUCCGACGGCGCACGCCACGGCCAUGUAAAAUAACCUUCCGAAAAGUUGAGCAGAGGGACAAUUUUUGCUUUGGAAACUUGAACCACGUAAAACACAAUAUUCACACACUCACAUAAAGAGGAUCGAAGUUACAAGAGCAAACAGACAGUCGGACUCUCCGAAAACUUCUACCAUGUUAAAACAAAAGGCAAUUUUGCUCUUUGAACCUAAAAGACGUUGAACCCCAAAAAGACGUUUCUCUUUGGAAACUUUAACGAUGUAAAAUAAAUAAAUAAAAUUAAUUAAUAGCCACACAAAUAGAGGGUGUUCAGCUCAGAAGAAAACGCACAGCUCCACGGAAACUUCAGUUCUGUUACCCUCCAUAAAAAGAGGGAAAGGACAAUUUUCUUUCUUUUUUUUCCUUUUUUUUUGUGGAAACUUGAAUAAUGUUAAAGAAUAAAACAGGUCAUAAAAACAGUUAUAAAACAGCCAAAAGACGCUGUUGCUCUUUGAAAACUUGAACCGCGUAAACUGACCCAAGUGUCGCUCUUGGCAAGCUUGCUCUCUGCGCUGCAUGAUGCGACCAAACAGACGCGCAGAGCUCAUUUUGUAGAGGCCGUGAGGACUUUGAGAACUGGAGAAAAACUUUCCAUUUUUCAUCAUGCUCGUUUUUCCCUCCGGACCUCUGCAUGGGAACUUGGGAGUAGAUGUGAAAGAUCAAGGAGCCCUGAACUGUAAGAAAUGUAAAUGUUAUAACAUUUAUUAUCGGCUAUCCGAUUAAGGAUGCCUUUAACUUUAUUUAUUAUGUACAUUUUUGAUGCUAUACUAAUAAUAAUUUUGAUUCAUGAUAUUAUUAUUAUUAUUAUUAUUAUUAUUAUUAUUAUUGUUAUCUUAUUUUAAAGGCCCAUUUGGUUUGCACAAGUGACAUUCACCCUUCAUAUCUCUUGUAUAUUGUACUACUUAUAUUUUAGCACUCAGAUAAAAUGGUUUGGAUCACGCUUAGAACUUUUUGAGUUGGAUGAACAUACGGGUUAUAUUGUUUAUAGGCUAUUUAUCAAACUGGUGCACAAAAUUAGACAACUAUUUAAAACAUCAAAUGGAAAAAAAAUGAUAUCUUUUAAAACAUUUUCCUUUUUUUUUUCAAAUUGUGGUUCAGUGCUAGUCACGCGUUCAAUUCAUCUGACGAAGAAGGAGCUGGAAUUUAAAAAGAAGCAGUUAAUGAUGUUGUGGUUUUAUUAUGAUUUAUUAUUUUUAAACUGCGAUGGUAAUUUAAAAGCUGUACUAAUGUUAUGGAAAGGAAGAUGUAUCCAAAUGGGUGAUACCUCGAUUCUUUGUUCAUUUGCCUGAGCAAAGACAUUUUGAAUAAAGACAAUCUGUCUUCAAAAUUAUACAAAAGUGGUUAUAGUGAAUAUUUUC